UGAAAUGAGCAAGUACGGCUUAAACCUUAGGCCUGCAAAACAGAAGCAACAGCCAAAAAGGCCUCCCCUUGCAGCACCAUUUGGAUUCAAUGAUGAUGAAGAGAAUGAUGUUGAGAGAGAAAUCGCUCUCCAAGCUAAUAAGAAAAAGACUCUUAAGGACGUUGAAGAGCAGCAAAAGAAAGCCUUAGAAGAAGAUCCAACUGUAUUUGAUUAUGAUGGAGUCUAUGACAAAAUGAAAGAGAAAGUUGCCCGCCCAUUGAUACAAGAUCGUGAAGAGAGAAAACCAAGGUAUAUCCAAAAUCUGAUUAAAAAGGCAAAAGAGCGAGAACAGUAUCGCGAUAUUGUUUAUGAGAAAAAGAUUGCCAAAGAGAGAAGCAAAGAUGACCACCUCUAUGCUGACAAAGACAAAUUUAUUACUGAAGCUUACAGAAAGAAGCUUGCUGAACGUGAGAGACAGAUGGAGCUAGAACGACUGCGUGAACUUCAAGAGGAGAGAGAUGAUGUUACAAAGAAGAAGGACUUUUUGCUUGAUUUUUAUACAAACCUUGAUAAAAAUGUUGCAUAUGGUGCACAAGAUCCUCGGGGGAGGAAACAUGAGAAUCGAGCUGAGCAAAGAACUGCAGAGACACGCGAAGACACAAAGCAUGAUGCACCUGAUCAACACCAGCAUAAUGAUGUGCCAGAUGAAUUGCAGAAUUCACCUGUGAAGUCUUCCAUGGAAAACGAUGUGGAUCAGGGUGAAACUUCUAAUCCUUCCAACAGAACUGUUGAUCACUCAGAUAUGAAGCCAAAUUCUGAGGGGUCUGUGGAAGGAAAGGAUUCAGUUGAACAGUCAUCAACUUGCCAGCCAAAGCCUGAUCAUCACAAAAGAAGUCAAGAUGCUGUGACCGCAGCAAAAGAACGGUUUUUGGCCCGUAAGAAAGCAAAAGAUAAGGAUAAGGAGCUCUGAUUUUUUCUUUUCCCUUUCUAGGCUUUGUCCAACGUCGGGUGACAGAUCUUUUAUUCAUUAGUGGAUGAUAUUAUGUUCCUACCUACAUUGUUAAAGAGCUUAAUCGGGGGGAAAUAGUAAUGUAAGUUAUUUUGCCAAGUUUUUAUGGUAUGCAAUCUCGGUAUCGGUUUCUGAAUUCAUCAUAUUGAUUCCCCUGACUAACAUUGAUUAUCACAUGUUGAGUUCAUGAAAGUAGAGUUUGAAAUUAGGACCUCCUUUGUAUUGUUCAAAAAUCUAACUAUAUAUCAUUUUCCAAUAUAAGUUUUUCCGUUUUGUUUUUGGUGGGUA